AUGAUGGGUACAAUGGUGUCAUCACCGUCAAGUCCUGAACCAGAAGAUGCUUCAACAAUCUCAGAACGCAUUUUACUCACGCUUACUCAGAAACCUUUACGAAUGACCAAUAUGCUACGCAUUACUAGGAUUAUAAGUGAUUGUAGUUCAGAAGAGAAAUUACAGCUAUUUCAAGCUGGUGUCCUUAGAAAAAUAUGUGAAACGAUAGCUGAAUGUAGCGGUAUUAAUAAACUAAAUAGGUCAGAAUUUGUUCACAAUAGAAGAAAGAGGGGACAGCAAUCCACAAGGAUAAGCAGUUGUACAGGAUAUAUCCAGAAAGGUGUCGGUUACGGGCAUGGCUCUACUCGCAGCCAGUGGAAUAUUGAACGGACGGUAGAAGAGCGUCUAAUUCGGGAGGAGCAUCUCAUUUGGCUAUUAAAUGCUGUAACAGCAUAUAUCUACUGCGCGUCACCGGACUUUUCUACCACUGAGCAUUUACAUUUCAUAGAUCGAUAUCCGGUUCAUAUCAGUAAACCAGUUAUCCGAGAACUCAGCCAAUCAGCCAUUUUCCCGUUGCUUGAAUAUCAUCUUAACAAUGAUAGUGUCUUUGAUGUCAGUGAACAUAUGGAACUAUACCAGGCGCUCCUGGAAACAGCAGCGGCAAUGUCUGUAGUACCAGCUCUGGUACCUUAUUUGAUUCAUCCUGUUAACGGUUCUCGUUCAAUUGCUAAAGAUUUGAUGGUUCGAUUCUCCAGCAUAAUGGCUUCAUAUCCCAAUUCUUUCAAAGGCCAAAUGGGUUCACUGGAUUUCAGGUUUAUCGAUUUUAUCAGCAAAGUACAGCAAUAUUCACAGAUUCUAAUAGGUGCUGCACACCGAUAUGAGCAGGGCAUUCCGGUUGCACAGCGGGUACGAACAGCGACAGUAAGAAUUGAAGAUGAUGAGACACUGCUGAUAGGACAGUGCGAUGAAGAGAUGUCUGCUCAGAAAAACCUGUCAAUUCUUUAUCAUAGAACUUUGAAAAAUAUUCAAGUUCAAACAUUCAGACUCAUUGGUGACUAUGGUAAACUCAAUGUACCGUUUACAUUUAAGAAGGAGAUGCAUAAUGUGAAUCCGUUCUCAUCAUCUCUGAAAGAAAGAACAAAACGAAUUGCUAAGGAACUUGCAUCAAUGCCUAACAGCUUACCUUUAAAUGCUAGUAACAGCAUAUUUGUUUGCUUGGAUGAAGGACGAUGUGACAUUGUCAAAGUGCUUAUCUCGGGACCAGAUGGCACACCUUAUCAGAAUGGGCUCUUUGAAUUUGACGUUUUCUUCCCAACGAGCUAUCCAUUCUCGCCACCAAAAUGUGCUUUUUUGACGACUGGUGAAGGAAAUCUGCGCUUCAAUCCCAACCUCUAUAAUGAUGGUAAAAUUUGUUUAUCGAUACUAGGCACAUGGGAAGGUCGGCCAGAGGAGAAAUGGAAUGCGCACUGUUCCCUAUUACAAGUGCUUAUUAGUAUUCAGGGCUUGAUAUUCGUGAAGGAGCCUUAUUUCAACGAGCCUGGCUUCGAAAAGUAUCAAGGGACCGAGAAAGGUGACGGAUAUUCGAGACGUUAUAAUCUUCAAAUCGAAUAUGCAACACUAGCUUAUGCAAUUAGAGAACAAAUUAGAAAUAGUCCUCCUUACUUCAAAGACGUUAUCAGACGUCAUUUCUGGCUCAAACGUCAAAGUGUUAUUGAACAAGCACAAAAUUGGCUUAGAGAAAUGAACAAAUAUACAACCAACACUGAGAAACAUUCACGAAAGACUGUAUUAUUGCCAUUUGAUACAGCGACUAGCUUCCUUGCACAGGUGCCACUCUAA